AGGUAAUUGGAGCAGACAGCAGUUGGCCAGGCCAGCCUGACUGACAGACAACAACAGUCCAGACUGAACAAACCAAAACUUACACUGAAGACUUCAACUGAGCUGCACUGGAAAAAGAAGAAGAAGAAGAAGAAAGGAUUAACAAGUUGGAUUAACCCACUGAGGAUUUGUUUUGAAGAGAGGGGAGAAGGUUUUGGUUUUGGGUGUCACUAUGAAAAGCCUGGAUCUGUUCCUGCUGGCGUGUUGCUUAUGCAGCCUGAGUACAUUGGGAGGUGCCAGUGACAUGGAGCAGGCUCUGAUGAAGAAGCUCUUCGCCACCUACAACCUUAAGGUCCGGCCAGCAGCCAGCCCUGAAGAGAGGGUGGUGGUCCGUGUGGGUAUGAUGCUCUCCUCCUUCGUUGGACUGAACAUGAAGAAUGAAGAAAUGAGCACAAUUGUUGUCAUGAAUCUGGAAUGGACAGAUCAUCGGUUGUCAUGGAAACCGAAGGAGCAUGAUGGGAUUGAGGUGUUGCGUAUCCCCUCUGGGAAGGUCUGGCUGCCUGACAUUGUCCUCAUCAAUAAUAAUGAUGGAGUGUUUGAUGUGGCCUUGCACGUCCAUGUUCAGGCUUAUAGUAACGGCAGAGUAACAUGGACUCCCCCUGCUCUAUACUGCAGCUCCUGUGGAGUUAAGGUAACAUAUUUCCCUUUUGACUGGCAGAACUGCACUAUGCAGUUCCGCUCUUACACAUAUGACUCAACAGAGAUUGACCUGCAGUAUGCACUGGACUCAAAAGGCAACGAGAUUCGGGAAAUCCAAAUGGACGAAUCUUACAGUGAGGGCGGCGAGUGGCACAUCAGACACAGGCCGAGCAGGAAGGUCAUAAAUGACGAUCGGUACGAGGACAUGAUCUUCUACCUGAUCAUUGAGAGGAAGCCUUUGUACUACGUCCUGAACAUCAUCAUCCCCUGCAUUCUCAUCACUAUCAUCGCCAUCUUUAACUUCUAUCUGCCUCCUGAUGCAGGUGAGAAGAUGGGUCUGUCCAUCAACGUGCUGCUGACCCUCACUGUGUUCCUGCUGCUGCUGGCUGAUAAGAUCCCUGAGACUUCACUGGGCGUCCCCAUCAUCGUCAACUACAUCAUGUUCACCAUGAUCCUGGUCACGUUCUCCGUCAUCCUCAGUGUGGUCGUCCUUAACCUGCAUCACCGCUCCCCUAACACCCACCAGAUGCCCAUGUGGGUCCGCAAGAUCUUCAUCCACAUGCUUCCUCCUUACCUCGGCAUGCUGCGGCCAAAAGUAGAGACCCCCCUGUCCCUGGAGACCAUGCCCCGCCGGGAGAAAAAGAAGGUUGCCAUCAGCAAAGUGGCUGAUGAAUACUUUAUCCGCAAACCAGACUCCUCCAUCUUGUUCCCCAAGCCCAACAGGUUUCAGCCAGAGGGCAUGUGUACGGACCUAAGAAAAUUUAUUGAUGGCCCAAGUACCUACCUGUCGUUACCUGAUGAGCUUAAGUCAGCCAUAGACGCCAUCACGUAUAUCGCAGAGGCACUGCAGGCUGAGAAGGACUAUGAAGCUCUGAAGGAGGACUGGCAGUAUGUGGCUAUGGUGGUGGACCGCAUGUUCCUGUGGAUCUUCGUCAUCUUCACCACUGUGGGAAUUGCCAUCUUUGCUGAUGCCAGCUAACACACACCCACCGACCCCUUCAAGUCCCCCUGAGGCACUGGAACUUUUGUGUUUCUUAAACAAAUCUUCUUCCUAAUGUACCACCUUUAAAACAUGGGGAAAGAAAUCACUGUGUUAAACUGCCAAAUGAUUUUCUGUGUGAAGUCCACCAUCGGCCAUUGUUCCUACUGCACCUCACAUUUUUUCUAUUGCCAAUUUACCCUCUAUUUACUUUUCUUGCUCUGGCAAACCACAAAUGACCUCAAGAUGUUUCUCUUGUGUAAGAUGCAGAAGAAAUACACGU